AGGCCAUAACUCUUAACAAAUCACUUCUUCUUCUUCUCCAAUUAUUAUCAUAAUUAACAAUUAUUUAACCAAUUAAUUUAAAUAUAAUUGGAGAUUACCUGGUAAACCGUCUCUCUCCUCCUCUAAAGUCAUGUUUCGAUGUUGGAAGCGCUUUAGUUUCAGAUUAUUCACUCACAGAUCUGGCGAGAGAGAUUGAGAGUUCAGAGAAGAAGAGUAAUGUUUUCAAUUCAGAAAUUGAAAUGUUCGUGGUCUUUAGUAGCUGCAGUUGCUUCAAUUUUGGCACUGGUUUCAGUGGUUCAUUUGUUCUUGUUUCCUCUGGUGCCCUCGUUGGAUUACUUGAGUGCGCGUCAAGUUCAGAACUCCUGUGUUCCGGUUAACGGCUCCUUUCAAGGUGAGACCAGCCGUGUUUCCGCUCCACCGCCUAUUGAUUUGGAGCGCGAGUUUCCGGCUGACUUGCACAAUGCGGUGGUUUAUCGUAAUGCGCCCUGGAAAGCUGAUAUUGGACGCUGGCUUUCGGGAUGUGACGCGAUCACGAAGGAAGCUAAGAUCGUUGAGAUGAUAGGUGGCAAGAACUGCAAAAAUGAUUGUAGUGGCCAAGGUGUUUGUAAUCGUGAAUUGGGACAAUGUCGAUGUUUUCAUGGAUUUAGUGGAGAAGGAUGCUCUGAGAGACUGCAGUUGGACUGCAAUUACCCUAAAACACCAGAACAACCAUAUGGGAGAUGGGUUGUUUCAAUUUGCCCCACUUAUUGUGACACAACUAGAGCAAUGUGCUUCUGUGGAGAAGGAACAAAAUAUCCGAAUCGUCCUGUUGCUGAGGCAUGUGGCUUUCAAGUGAACUUACCUUCUGAACCUGGUGCUCCCAAGUUGACUGAUUGGACAAAAGCUGACCUGGACAACAUUUACACGACAAAUGUUAGCAAGCCAGGUUGGUGUAAUGUGGACCCAAAGGAAGCAUAUGCAACGAAUGUGCUGUUUAAAGAAGAAUGUGACUGCAAAUAUGAUGGUCUCUGGGGGCGGUUCUGUGAAGUGCCUGUGCUAUGCACUUGUGUUAAUCAAUGCUCUGGGCAUGGACAUUGUCGUGGUGGAUUUUGUCAGUGUGACAACGGCUGGUAUGGAACAGAUUGCAGUAUUCCAUCUGUUACAUCAUCUGUAAGAGAAUGGCCUCAGUGGCUUCUGCCAGCUCAGAUUGAUAUUCCCAGCAGUGCAAAUCUCACGAGGAAUCUUGUCAAUCUUAAUGCUACAGUGAAGAAGAAAAGACCCCUUAUUUAUGUUUAUGAUUUGCCCCCAGAGUUCAACAGCCUACUCCUUGAGGGGAGACAUUUUAAGUUAGAGUGUGUAAACAGAAUCUAUGAUGGACAUAAUGCAACAAUAUGGACAGAAGAGCUGUAUGGUGCCCAGAUGGCAUUCUAUGAAAAUAUUUUAGCUAGUCCACAUCGAACACUAAAUGGUGAAGAAGCUGACUAUUUCUUUGUCCCGGUUCUUGAUUCGUGUAUCAUUACUCGUGCUGAUGAUGCCCCCCACUUGGGUAUGCAGCAACACCGGGGCUUGAGGAGCUCUCUCACUCUGGAAUUUUAUAAGAAGGCAUAUGAUCACAUUGUUGAGCAUUAUCCUUAUUGGAACCAUUCUUCAGGACGAGACCAUAUUUGGUUUUUUUCAUGGGAUGAAGGUGCUUGCUAUGCCCCAAAGGAGAUUUGGAGCAGUAUGAUGUUGGUUCACUGGGGUAAUACAAAUUCAAAGCAUAAUCACUCAACAACAGCCUAUUGGGCUGACAACUGGGAUAAAAUUUCUUCCAGUAGAAGAGGCAACCACACAUGUUUUGACCCUGAAAAGGAUCUUGUGCUUCCUGCUUGGAAACGUCCUGAUGUUACUGCCUUGAAGUCCAAACUUUGGGCAAAUCCUCAUGAGAAGCGGAAGACACUGUUCUUCUUCAAUGGAAAUCUUGGACCUGCUUAUGCAAAUGGAAGACCAGAAGAUACGUAUAGCAUGGGUAUUAGACAGAAAUUGGCAGAAGAGUUUGGCUCAAGCCCUAACAAGGAAGGUAAGCUUGGAAGACAGCAUGCUGAAGAUGUAAUUGUCACACCGCUUCGUUCUGAUAAUUAUCAUGGGGAUUUAGCCACUUCUGUUUUUUGUGGGGUAUUGCCUGGGGAUGGGUGGAGUGGUCGUAUGGAAGAUAGUGUUUUGCAAGGGUGCAUUCCUGUUGUCAUUCAGGAUGGGAUUUUCCUGCCUUAUGAGAACGUGUUCAACUAUGAAAGCUUUGCUGUUCGAAUACGUGAAGAUGAAAUCCCAAAUUUGAUGAAUAUUCUUCGGGGGUUCAAUGAGACAGAAAUACAAUUUAAGUUAGCAAAUGUACAGAAAAUUUGGCAGAGGUUCUUGUAUCGUGAUUCAAUUUUGCUUGAAGCUGAGAGACAAAAAGCUGCUACUCGUCAUGUGGAUGAUUGGGCGGUUGAAUUCUUGAAAUUAAGGGAAGAUGAUGCUUUCACCACAUUUGUACAGAUUCUUCACUAUAAGUUACAUAAUGACCCUUGGAGGCGACAACUUCUUCAUUUGAAGAAAGACUUCGGCGUACCACAAGAAUGUUUGAUAAAAGCAAACUGAAGAACUAUACGGUUGUUGGAAAUUGAAUUGAAGAGAUUGCCAACGGCUGAAAGACUCGGGAGGUGAGAAUAAACUGAGAAUUACUGAUCUCUUUUUUCCUUUGGAGAAUGAAACUUAAACAGUACUAGACAGCCUGGAAAAGGAGCAGCAUGCCGUUAGUUAUCAUAUAAAAUAUUUUUAUCAUAAUUAUUUUUUAAAUUAAUGAAAAUGAAGAUAUAUAAUAAUUCUUAAUCCUAAUUUCUAAGGUUUUAUUUGU